CACAAGUCGAAAAUUUGGUGCUGGUCAGAAUUUCAAGCUUUCCUCAACGCAAGUUUUAAAAAAAUAAUCCAAAAACAAAAAUGGCACGCUACUCUGCAGCUCCUGCAUCUGAGACCAAGUGCGCCAAGGCUCGUGGUUCUUACUUGAGAACUCACUUUAAGAACUCCCGUGAAGUUGCCUUCACCAUCAAUGGCAUGAACUUGAAGAAGGCCUUUGCUUACUUGGAAAAUGUCACUGAACAUAAGCAAGCUGUUCCUUUCCGUCGCUUCAAUGGCGGCGUUGGUCGUACUGCUCAAGGCAAGGAAUUCGGUGUCACCCAAGCUCGUUGGCCCGUUAAGUCCGUCAAGGUUAUCCUUGACCUUUUGAAGAAUGCCGAAGCUAACGCUGAGGCUAAGGGUUUGGAUAUGGACAAGUUGGCCAUCAAGCACAUUCAAGUCAAUGGUGCUCCUAAGCAACACCGCCGUACCUACCGUGCUUACGGUCGUGUCACUGCUUACUUGUCUCAUCCUUGCCAUAUCGAAAUUAUUGUUGCUGAAGAAGAAGACGCUGUUCCUAAGGCUAACGAAAAGGUUGCCCGUGUUUCUUUGAAACAAGGUGCUAAGGCUCGUAACUUGGCUGCUCGCAAGGCCAUCACCUCUGCCUAAAUUAGAUUUAGUAAAAGGAACGGAGCUAUUGAUUAACGAAUGGAUUCGGUUAUUGUAGUUUCAUUAGUUCUGUAGAGUUCAAAUUAUUUUCAUGGUUUUGAGUUUUUUGUA